AAUUUUAGUGGAGUGGACGCGUGUAAUUAUGGAACUUAGGAACUUGAGGAGAGUUGUGGAAAUGUGACGAGGAGAAGUAUGGAGGAGUAAAUAGAGGUGUUAGGUAAACUUGUGACUUAGAGAGCAAGAAACAAAGCAUGGCUUCGUCGCCCGAGACAGACACAGAACAUCGACGGUGGUUGGUGGUUGGCACUGUUCUUAACAGAGUUCUUAUGCCGUAUCUCAGAAAAAAGAUUCAACAGGAAAUGAAACCAUUUUACCAGAAUCUGUUGGCAAAGUAUGGAUUAGACAAGCAAACCUAUCCGACUCACCUGAAGACUAUUCCACCAACCACCCUGAAGCUGAACUACGAAAGUAUCAAUAACAACACCGCCCGGGGUCGAGACACCCAUUGCUUUGACUAUUGUGUAAAGGAUGAAGUAUUAUUAGCUAAGUUGUUCAUGAAACCUUUCAUGGCACAUUUCAAUGCAUUUGAUUCCUCUUUUGAUGCCUCGGCGGCUCUGGCUGUUCUUUGCUCUGCUCCACCAUUCAGCUCUGCAGCGCCGUCAGCUGAACUUGUGAGAUCUGAAGUACGAAAUGAGUGGGCCCAUUGCGACUAUGCGUCAUGGACGGAGGUGAAAUACAAUACAUGUUUUGAUCGAAUGGAGACCUUGGUUGAAGAUCUGAGAUUUGCCCCAGCAGAAAAAACAGAGCUCCUCGCUGAGCUACAGUUGUGGAGGAAGCAUGAAUUUUGCGUUGGUAAGCCACUUAAUGACACAUUUCUUAGUGUUAUGCACGAAAAUAUAAAUCAAGUACAUGAAAUGUUCGAGUCUGGAUUUAAAAAAGUUCAGGAAACAUUACAUGAAUUGAGCAGAAGCAAGCAUGAAGAACAAACAACAAGACAAGACCUGGAUAAAAUGUUAAGUGAUUUCAGUGUCUUCGCUACAAGAGAUAAAUCUAUAGUAUUUGAUGCGCCAGAUCGAAACAAGAGGUUUACAGGAAGACAAAAAGAGUUAGAAUCGCUUGAAAGGUGCCUCCUCUCAGAAAACAGCGACCAUAAAUUUAGAAUGGCGGCCAUUUGUGGUCUUGGCGGAUGUGGAAAAACGACCUUAGCAGCUCAAUUCGCUUGGGAGCAUAAACCACAAUACGAGGGAGGCGUAUUUUGGUUCUCCAUGGAAGAUGAAGAGAAGUUUGAAAGCUGUGUGAAUGACUUAGCGUUACGUUUAGGACUGAUGGAAAAAUCAUCAGAUCUUACACUGGCACGAAUUCUAACGCUUAUAUCUAAGCAGGAAAAGCUUUGGCUGAUAGUUCUUGACAACGUCGACCAGCCAAUACUUUCUGAAAAAAUGCUUAAAGUUUUGAGAGGAAUAUGGAAAAGGGAGUCAAACGGUCACAUGUUGAUAACAACAAGGCGUGAAAGAAAAGAGAUCUGUCGCUGUGUGUAUCUUGAGCCAAAUUGCUUUGUAGAAAUCACCUCUUUCUCUAUCGAGGAAGCAAAAGAGUUUCUUUUGAGUCAUUUCAGCGGUGAAAAUGCUGGAGUCCAAGAGGAUGCGCUAAAUGAGCUGGUUGUUGAGCUUGGUUGUCUUCCCCUUGCCUUGGAGCAGGCUGGUGCACAUAUCAAAUCUCUUGGCUGCACUGUUAAUGAAUAUUUAAAACAAUACAAGCUCGAAAGGUUCAAGCUGCUAAGCGAGCAUCGGGCAAAUCCCUCGAGGGAGUAUGACUCCUUGAAUCGUCUUUCAGUCCACACUACAUGGUUAUUGAACUUUGAGUACGUAAGGAACUCAAAAUAUGGAGAAAUUGCAACCAGGUUCGUACAUGCAGCUGCUUUCCUUGAUCCAGAUGAAAUCUAUGAAGGACUCAUCAAUGCAGAGAUGCUUUCCUCUGACGUUGUAUCUAAAAACAAAAUAGAACUCCCCCUCACGAAUAACCAUAUAGUAGAAGUUUUGACCAAGUUUUCACUUUUCCAGAGGAAGUCUGCUGGAUGCAUGAAAGUACAUCGCCUAGUGCAGGAGGUUAUUCGUGGUACAAUAACAUCAGAAGAAGUCGAAAAAGCAGUGUACACAACAUUUCAGUUAUUAAAGAAGGCCGCUCAAUCACCUGGUGAAUCAGCAACGGAUAAGUCUGUUUUCUCCAUUAUUCGCCAUUGGUUGGCAUUGAAGCGACACGUCGAACAACAACUUAGAGCCACACUGGAUGACUCAUCGGCUGAGAAAGUAGCAGCAUUGAUGGAAAGCGGUUCUAGAGAAAUUGUGUUCGAAGUCUCUCGCACCAUAAAAGGGCUAUCGCAAACUUUAGAAAACCGUCGUGGAUUAUUAGCGUUGCUUGAUGUCGACUACGACAAGGGUCUAGGUAGAAAAGAACUAAAAAUUGAAAAAAGCAAAAGCGCACCCGUAAGAUUGCGCUCUCGAUCUCCCUCAAGAUUUCUCUCAGGAUCGCCCUCAGGAUUGCCCUCAAGAUUGCCCUCAGGAUUGCCCUCAAGAUCGCACUUAGAGUCGUCCUCAAGAUCACCCUCAGGAUUUCUCUCAGGAUCGUCCUCAGGAUUGCCCUCAGGAUCACCCUCAGGAUUGCUCUCAGGAUCGUCCGCAGGAUUGCGCUCAGAGUUGCCCUCAGGAUUUCCCUCAGGAUCGCACUUAGGAUCGUCCUCAGGAUCACCCUCAGGAUCGCUCUCAGGAGCGCCCUUUGGAUUGCCUCAAGAAUGGUCCUUAGAUAUGGCCCUUAGACCCCCCACCAGGAUUACCACCAGUAUUGCCCGUAGGAUCGCCAUGAUAUUCCUCUGUGGCAAUCCACGUUCUCGUCGUAGUGGUCACCAAUGAACGCCAUUCACAAUGCUUAAGCAAGCAGGGUCGCGCACAUUGUGAAAACCUCAUUUGGCGGGAAAUUAUAAAAAUGUCUUCCCUACAAAACUGCCACCAAAGCUAUCGAAAGCUCAAUCAAAUAUACCAAACUUGCAGAACGUGAGAGACCGUCUUCUUUUCAGUUUUGAAUAAAACCUUCUAAACGGUGAAGAAUUCAUCCAUCUAUAUGACAUGAAUACUUCAAAGAGCCCUGAUUUUCCUUGCCGGCAGUGCGACCCAUUCGAUUUAGAUGAAUUACUAGACGACAAGUGUAAAAAUUUAAACAGGAAAAGAUUUCAAGAUCGAUAGAAAAUAGCUAUUUUAAUUUCAAUGAAAUUGUCAAUCACAAAAGGCACCAACAAUACGGAUAUUAUCACUUCUUAUUUAGAGGAGCAUAACAAUAUCUCAUCGUUUAAAAUAGGGGUUGAAUUAAUAACUUUCAGUGGUAGAUUGUAACCUCCAAAUCAUGCAACUGCGUAAGCGAAGGUCGGUCUUUUUCAGUUCUGAAGCAAAACGUCCAUGUGCACGAAAUCAAUUUGUAGACUUACUAAACAGAAAUCCAGAGAAGCACUUUUAUUUCGAUCUCUUUCUGAAUCCAUAGCGUUUCGUUUGUUUGUGUAUAUGAUUGUAUCACUCUUUGGUUUC